AUGAUAACCCACAAUAUGCCAAACUCAAACCCCACAGUAUUUAUUGCUUUUCAACAGCCAAUAAAAAAGGCAAUUGUCUGCAAUGACCUGUAUGAUUCAGUAAUAAGAUUUGGUAAAAUUCAAAGAAUUAUUUGUAUGAACUCACCUCGACCUGACAUGCCCCAUUCGUUAAUAGAAUUUGAAUCACCAGAGUCAAGUAAUAAAUGCAUUGAAUAUCUUAAAACUAAUCCCCUCCCAAUUCUUAAUUAUAAAUGUAGAGCAGAAGUAAGUAAUGCAGAAACAUUAAAUGUUAAAACUGAGAGUCCACAAGCACAUGACUAUACGAUUAGUCCUAGAUUUGUGCAUGAAACACCAAUAACAAGAGUAUUACUUGUUAAUGAAUUACCUCGGUAUUUAACCCCACAAUCCCCUUUUCAUUUUUAUAAUCUUUUUUCAUUAUAUGGGUCUA